AAUGGAGGGAAUGGGAUCGGUGGCGGUCCCGGGCACGAGAUGGGUCCCAUGGGCAACGGCGCAAACCAGCCGCCCGCGACUGAGUACACGCUACAAGGUGAACACCAUUCCGUCACCAAGGACGCGACUGGGAGCUCCAUACCGGCCACAAGUGCUAACCAAGGCUCGUCGCAGGUGUCAUGCGCUUUCUCCAGACGGAAUGGCACAGGCACGAACGCGACCGCAACUCCUGGGAGAUCGAGAAGCAGGAAAUGAAGAGCAGGAUAGCAAACCUCGAGGGCCAGGCGCGGAGAGCUGAUGCGACGCAAAAGGCAUUGAAGAAAUAUGUUACAAUACUCGAGAAAAAGGUCAAGGAUCAAGCUACCCUGCUCAAGGGCAACGGUUCUCCCGAUACCGAGUCAGAGAAGACUAAAUACGACCGGGCUGCCCUCAUUGAGGAGAAGCUACGCUCCUCGUUGGAAAAGCCAAUCAACCCCGCGAUGGACAUCGACGGCCCCGUGACGAGUCCCGUUGACGAUGAAAAUGCGCGCAACGAGUUGAAGACAUUCCUCGACCAGUGUCAAGCCGAGUUUACAUAUCUCAUGAUCACUCCUGCAAACCCAAUACCCCCAAGAGAAUCCCCACCUCUUCCCAUGAUCGAAGAUCUGCGGGAAGGUGAUCAGUUCAGCCAGCAGGCGCUGGAUCAAUCGUUUCAACAGAAUAUGCGGCCGCAGCAGAACCACGUCCGCGAGAUUCUCGCCGCCCAGGCUCGACUAGCCCCAGCCCCGAACCACCUUGCACAGCAGCCUCAAGGUCCCGGCAGCUUCGUUGUGAAGAAUCCCGAUAUGCAACCUACGCCCAUGGUCCGAACAUCAAACACCGAGAAUCCUCCCGCGAUGUAUAGCAACACGGGUGAAUGGCCUGCACAAGUGCCAAUGGCUAACAAGACAGUCGAAGAGCAAAACCCAGAGUCGAGCAGCCAGCUCAGACCUCUGAACAGAGUCGAGGAGGUGGGGGAAACUGCUGAGAAACGUCCAACAACGGAAGCGGACGGCUGGGAUUUCAGCGAGACUGGCUUCCCGGAUUCAACUUCUGCAAACCAGGCGCAGCAGCUUUCCAAUCGGCCAGAUAUCGACGUCUUCCCUACAGCGGAAAACCUUCCCAAAUCACCCAAUCGCGUCCCUGUUUCGCACCGGAGAAAGAGCUCAGCCUCGAUGGCUCGCAGGAGGAGCGCAGAACAUGAACUGUCGCUCAACGCGCUGGGCCACAAGGCAGAAAGCGCGAAUUUUAAGCUCCGGUUCGGUCUCCGGGGUCACCUAGACACGGUCCGAACCCUCAUUUUCUCGGGCGGUGGCAGCCCGGGCGAACCCGAGAUCUGCACUGCUGGAGACGAUGGGACGAUCAAACGGUUCCACAUCCCCGACCGGAAUCCCGGUCACCUGAGCACAAGCGGUUCGGAUCUCGACGUCACCGCAGACUUUACCCAUCGCGGCCAUAACGGCGCCGUGCUCUCCUUGACAUCUUGGUCGCCAUCUCCGAACUUCUCUACGGGCGGUCGCGCUCAGGGAGACGGCUGGAUCUUCUCCGGGGGCCGGGAUGCCACGAUCCGCGUCUGGGAGAGAGGUAGAGUGGACCCCAAAGCCACCCUGGAUGGCCACACUGAUGCCGUCUGGGCUCUUUGCGUCCUCCCCACCAAUCUUGGGGCUAUUUUUGGUCAGACUAGUGCCUAUGGAACCCCUGAUCGCAUCUUGCUAGUGUCGGGAGCUGCCGAUGGCACGGUCAAGGUUUGGGCAAUCAGCGCGCCGCCCCAGCUUACUUCACCGCAGCCGGGGGCUGGGCGCCGCGGGCCGGGCGGUCGUGUUAGGGGCAAUUCAAUGAGCUCUGGUUCUGCGUUCCCCAACUCACCGCAGCCAACAACAGCAUCAAGCUCGCCUUUCCACCACUCGCUUAUACACACUAUUCCCCGCGCAAACUCAGGAGCAAGCCCGACCUGUAUCACGCCACUGAGUCCAAACGGAGAGACGUUCGUGGUCAGCUACUCUGACGCCGCCAUCAUCGUCUACGAUACCCGGUCUGGAGAGGAAAUCGGCGCCAUGGCCAGCUUGAUCACAUACGACGGCACUGUUGGCACAGGCGUGAACUCGGUUGUCACUACAACAGUCGGACUUGACCAGCCUCACCAGGGCUUGAACGAAGAGGACGUCGGCAGCGGAGGCGGACCUACAGGUGGUGGCCGAGCCAUGGCUGGGUCGGGCGUUGAGGGCGUAAUCAUUUCAGGCCACGAGGAUCGCUUCGUGAGGUUCUUUGAUGCAAACAGUCAAUGCACCUAUAACAUGCUUGCCCAUCCUGCUUCCAUCUCGAGCCUAUCGCUCAGCCCCGACGGGCGCGAGCUUGUAAGUGCCGGCCACGACGCCUCGCUACGAUUCUGGUCCCUGGAAAAACGGUCCUGCACCCAGGAGAUUACGAGUCACCGCGUUAUGCGCGGCGAGGGCGUCUGUGCCGUAGUCUGGAGCCAAGAUGGCCGAUGGGUUGUUAGCGGCGGCGGUGACGGAGUCGUCAAGGUUUUUGCGCGUUAGAGUCCGCAAACACGAUGGCGCAAAGAACUAGCUUCUACGAUGUUGUUACGGGACCUGGAGGCGGCCAAUGCCUUGGCAAAGUGAGGGGAGCUGGGGUGAAGCUGAAUGAUUAAUGCAACGGAAAGCUCCUCAUCAGA